AUCGUGGAGCAAUGAAGACUCUCUGCCUGCGGUUAGCUCUGCUGGCCUGCCUCAUGGUGAAAGUCUACGGCAAGAUCUUCAGUCGUUGUGAACUGGCAGCAAUACUGCGACGCUGGGGAAUGGAUGGGCACGAGGGCUACGGCUUGGAUGACUGGAUCUGCUUGGCAUAUUUUGCGAGCCAUUUCAACACAGCUGCUGUGACCCAGAACUCAGAUGGGACUUCUGAGUAUGGCAUUUUCCAGCUCAACAGUCGCUUUUGGUGUGCCGACCACCACAGCAGUUCGAAGAACUUAUGUAGUUUGUCUUGUCGUGAUUUGGUGACUGAUGAGAUUAUCGACGACAUAAUUUGUGUCAAGAGAGCUGUAGCAGGUCCAGAAGGUUUGGGAGCCUGGGAUGGCUGGCGAAAUCAUUGCCGUGGAAGAGACCUGCAUUACUGGACAGUUACUUGUAACCUGUGA